AUGUUGGCCUCAAGAUGGCUCAAGAACGCUGUGCGACUGCAUUCGCUGUACCGUGCAGCAUCGGCCAGGGCAGUAGUAUCUUCACAGUCAAGACUACGGCCUGCAGAUAGCAUUCGGGCAAUUGCUUCCAAAGCAACACCAGAACAGCCUAACAUAGACACCACGAAACUUUCCACAACCUCCUCACCGACCCAAAAACAGUCCGAUGCCAACCCACCUGAACCACGGCUGCUCAUUGCGUUUACCUGUACAGUGGAAAAAUGUAACCAUUGUUCUGCACACUCAUUCACGAAGCGUGCCUAUGCUAGUGGCAUCGUGAUCAUCCAGUGUCCUAACUGUAAGAAUCAGCAUCUUAUCGCUGAUAAUCUUGGUUGGUUCAAGGAUACCAUGGAAGCCGGGAAACUCAAGAACAUCGAGGAUAUCCUGCGUACACAUGGAGAGAACAUUCGCAAGGUGAAACUGGACUCAAUAGAUGGUGAUAUCGAAUUCAUGGGCCACUAGCAGGUACAUCGGUUUCCCAGAAUUCCGUGACUUCUGACUGGUUUUCUUUCGCAGUGCCCAGAG